GGCCGAUGUCGGACAAUAUUCCCAUACAUCGCGCACGGCAACCGGUACAGCGUGCGUACCACCGUACCCAUGGACUUUCCGCUGCGUGUACCGUUCCUUCGAGUACACGCCGCCAAUGAUGUACCGGAGGAGGUGCGCGGGGUACUACAGUACUCCGUGGUCAGAGCCAACAACAGGAAACUGCCGUUUGGGAUAACCGAGAAGGGAGAGCUGCAUCUACUGCGACAAGUCGAGUUUGCCAGGGCGAAAAAAGCUACCUCUCCGAGUCUCUCUGCGGCAGUCUCUCCCCCUCCAUCUUCAUGUCCCUAAUGCUGCUGAACAACACCUUCAUCAUCAUGUCCUACCAGUCUCUGGUCUACAACAUCCCCCGCUGCAUCUCGGACCCCCGCCAGGAUACCAUCAUCUGCGCCGUCUGCGCGGUCAUCACCGUAUCCAUCACCAGCUACCUGAUGUGGAACACCUUCAGCGAGUGCCACUUCGCCUCCGAGGCUGCCGAAGACGCCAGGCAGCAGCUGAAGCACUCGGCGGCGGCGCCACAGCGUGAAACCCUCUCUCGUCCGGUGCUGGAGAAGUUUCAGCUCACGGCGUCUGGAUACUUCUCGCUGGAUCGAGGGGUCUUCUUUCAGCAGUGGUAUAAUAUUCUUAGCGUGUGUGUUAUUCUGAUUCAGUUUGCGCAGAGCGAGAAGUAAUAGUGACAAGGGAUGUUCGUCGCAAGACGCGCCGGUUACGGAUAUUUAUCCUGGAUUGCGACCGCUGAUCCGAUUGUUGAUUUCCUUCCAAGCAUACAUAUUCUCUGAUCCGAUUAUUGAUUUCCAAGCAUGUUCUCAACUGUCACGGUUCCAGCUUUCACCAUUAUAUGGCGAAACUAUGGAAA